CACCUAUUUUGCAUUUACAACCCACAGUCGUCCGCUAGCGUCUGUUGGCAGUUGUCUAUCGAUUACUCUGUAUUCCCGGCAUCGAUAACACGCGUAAGCAGCUGGCCGGUGUAUUUGAAUAAACAGCUGAUCGAUGGCUGAGAUGCUGGUACAUUGCACUGAUUUCUAAUAUGUGCUCCAUUUUGGCUUUUCCGCUGGAAUUGCUGGACAAAUCUGAACACGAGCCCCAACGCUGCUAUGUAACAUAUGGUGAGGAGAUAACGGAACCGAAAAUACCUGUUUGGGCCAAGUGCUUGCUGCAGGAUGACAGCUACGCCAUAUGCAGAGUGUUGGCGCGUGCCGGCACGGAAACCUGUUGCUUUAUGGAUGACUUUGUGACCUCUACUCCACACUUUAACGUCAAUAAUAAGCGUCUAACGAAAAUUGUGCCGCUGACAACGGUGAAUCGCGUUGAGAAAGUUGCCUGUGUAUUGACCAUAACUGCGGAAUUAUUACAAAGAUCACAGAUUUCUGUAGAAGAUCUGCGCGAUGAUGUACAUUCCUUUCUGCGAUAUCUGAUGCUGACCAAGGGAUGUGUCGUACAGCACAAGCGGCUCAAGCAAUUGGGCAUUGCCAGUGUGGAAAUAUUUGAAGUGCCGGAUUUGGAAGAGAACGAGUGUUUUGAGCUGAAGCGCGAUACCAACUUGCUCAUUGUGGACGUACGCUUGGAACUAUCACAAGCAUUACCAACCACAUUCACCUUUUACCCGCAUGGUUUUGAGUGCGCUUUGCAGGCAUUAGAGGAUUUGCUAAGCACCUCAAGAAGUGACCAAGGCAAGGAAUUGCCUUUGAAUGCCCUGAUCGUGGGUGCUGUAGGCAUAGGCAAAAGCACUCUGCUGGCAGAGUUUAUGCGGCGACACCGAUGCAAUUGCUUUUAUGUGACAGCGUCCCAAGUGUUGCGCGCGUAUCCCGGCGAAACGGAAGAGGAGCUCCGGAAAACUUUUGAGGCUGCUCACACAUAUUGCGAAGUAUUCCAGCCGUUGCUACCCGUAGUCAUUCUGCUGGAGGACUUGGAAAUGUUCUGUCCUGCGACUACAAGCGAUGCCAAAAACUCGAGUAAUGCCUUGCGCAUCUCUGCCCAACUAUACAAACUGGUCGAUGAGUUGCCACGACGAUCCAAUCGUAUCCUGUGCCUGGCUACGAGCAGCGCGCCGCAUUCGCUGCACGAAUAUACGCGUCGAGCCGGUCGCUUUGCCAAUGAGAUUGUCAUAGACAUGCCCACAGAGCUGCAGCGCCAACACUUGUUUGCCUGCUACUUCACGGCGCAAUACCCACAUGACCUAAGUCCCGCCUUGAUGGAGCAUGUUGGCCAACACACCCAGGGCUAUGUGGUGGCCGAUUUGGCACUGCUCAUGCGCCAGUUGCAAAAUAAACUAUUGCUGCAAAGUACAGAAGUUGUGCAAAUUGAAGAGGUGAUAAAACAGACGUUGCUUCAGUGCCAACCAAGUGCCUCGCGCUCCAAUGAUGUGCGCGUGAUGAGAAUGACUGAAGGAUUCGAGAUCAUUGGCGGUAUGGCAACGCUCAAGCGUACACUACAGGUCUCUAUACUUGCGGGUCUCAAGCAGAGCGCUGCCUUUGCACGCUUUGGCCUGAGUUUGCCCAAAGGGGUGCUGCUCUAUGGUCCGCCCGGCUGCGCGAAAACUACCAUAGCCAAGUGUCUGGCCAAGGAAGCGCACAUGACAUUCAUAUCCACAUCUGCUGCUGAGGUAUAUUCGCCCUAUGUGGGCUGUGCUGAGCGUUUUGUAACGCGUAUUUUCGAUACGGCGCGUAAGAAUGCGCCGUGUCUGAUAUUUCUGGAUGAGAUUGAUGCACUUGUGGGUCGACGCACAAUCUCCAGCGGUGGUAGCGGCAGUGGCGACGUACAGAUGCGCAUUCUGUCCACACUACUUACCGAAAUGGAUGGCAUUGUUGGUGGCGACAGUCAGCACCACAUACUAGUUGUGGCGGCCACCAAUCGGCCGGAUAUGAUCGACGAUGCCCUAAUACGACCAGGACGCUUUGAUAAAUUGAUACAUGUGCCUGCACCGGAUUCGGACUCUCGUCUGGCUCUCCUGCAACUUCAUGCCAAGCGCAUGCCCUUUGAUAGUUCAGUGGAUAUUAAAGAGAUUGCCGAACGCACUGAACGCUACUCUGGCGCCGAUCUGUGUAACUUGUGUAAUGAAGCGGCUAUGCGGGCACUUCAACGUGACUUUGAUGCCAUAUCCAUUCAAAUGCAGGACUUUGAAGAGGUGCUGGGCCGGGUUAAGUCAUCGCUUACACAAAGUCAAAUCGAUGGUUACUAUAAGUUUGCCUACAGAUUUUUGUAAUAAAUACAUAUGUAAUUUACUUGAGAUGAUUGUGCCAAGAAUUUAAAAUAUUAAGAAACCUUAUGGGACCGCUUAUUAGCAUGUUUAACAUGUUUGAGAAGAAAAGGAAAUAAUUUCAAAUAAAAGUGGUAAAUGUUAUAAAAUUGAAA